GUGUAAAGCCGCAGCUAAAGUGUCUCAUAUUUUUCGCGAUUAUUAUUAUUUAAAGUGUGAAUCUCGUUUACAUGUAACAAACUAUUGCGAUGUGUCUUGUGUGAGCUCGUAAAACACGUGUAUACGUAUAUCGUUAUUACGUAAACCCUUACGUUUACCAUCAUUGGCGAUAAUAUACCGACGAUAUACGCGGAUAUCGAGACAAACUCUCGAUCCGGAAUAGAUUCCGCGACUAGUUUCCUUGAAAUUGCCAUCGCGCGCUAUUAUUUUUCUUUUGCCAAAGCGCAACAAGAUCUAUUUGAUAAAACUUUAGCCAAGAAGGCAAAUUAGCACCUUGCGCAGAGUAUAAAAGAUUCGAGGGGAGAGAAUAAGUUUCGAUGACGUUUAAUAGAUGUCGCCGCGAGUAUAUUUUGAUUCGCGCCAUCUAGCGACGGAGCUGAGAAUCUAAAUGACGUAUCGAGUAGUCCGCCAUUUUGCGCGUGUGUCUAUAGUUUGUUGCGCGAUGCAGCCGAGAGUUUUGACGUGACGCAUUGAUAUGAACGUGAACGUGAACGUGAACGUGCGAGUACAGCGACGUUUUCGCGGGUAUCCGAUCAAAGUGGGUCGUGACGCAACGUGACGACCUAGCAUCGAAAGCCUUCUGCAUCUUUGGCGCAGCCGAGCAGGACGAGGACAACGAUUGACAUUGAACGGAGCAGACCUUGCAGUCUUACCAACGAUAACGGAAUGCUUCGCUCGUCGUGCGUGGACACGCAGACUUCUUUUAAUUUUGAUUUCUGUCGCAUUUUGAUCUUUCUUGGUACGAAUGACAAGGAGGGACGGGACAAAUUUUCAAUUUUCGAGUACAAGACAAUUUCCAAUUUUCCCGAUUUCUUUCGCCGGUGUCCACCAUGCGUAUCAUUGCUGUUUUGGUUAAAAGGAAGAAAGGAAGGAAGGAAAAAAGGAUACGUGUGGAAAUUUCUCGGCAAAGGCAGAAAGAAAGAAAGAUUAGUAAAGACUCCAUUAAAGAAUAUCCAUUACGGAAAUAAAUAGGAGCGGACGAAGGAAGUAAAUUCAAAAUGGAUGAAAAUCAACAGCUCAGAAGACCGAUAUUCCGAUCGCUCAACAGUCGACACGAAUCCUUUGUCAGGUUUAUUAACACAACGCCCCACUGCGUUACCCUGUACUGGAUGGAUUAUCAAGGACAGGCGGUUAGUUAUGGCGAUUUGUCACCUGGAGACUACAGGGAAAUCAACACGUUUCAUACCCAUCCGUGGAUCUUUGUCAAUAAGGAAACGAGAAUCAGGUAUUUGGUGAAGCAGCGCGACGUUUUCUUUCCUGAGCCAUGGUUCGUCAAAUAUUCUGGCGUCAGGCCAAGCGAGCUGCCGCGAAGAAUCGAGAGGACCGACGUGUACAUCGUGCUACCGAUAUUAACGCUGCAACAAUUAUCAUUGGGGAUCAUCAAAAAAUGUCUGACGUAUGAUUCGCAGGCCUUUCUCCUCGACAUUCCACAGACUCUUCAGCUAGAGCUCUUUAAGAUGCUACCAAGGAAACCUCAAUCUUCACAUUAACAUAUUCUCGCGUAACGUUAUUCUUUUCGCGCGAUUAAAAUAAUAGCGGAAAAUUUUGAAACAUUUGCCAUUUUUGCAAAGAGGAAGAGGAUAUUUUACAAGUUUCCCUUUUUUAUUACAUGUAAGAAAAAUAGAUGCACGCGCACGAUCGCGCAUGUGUGUCGCACGUAUACAAUGCCGUAAAUAAUAUAUUUAUUACAUUUAUUAUUAGCGCAUAAAAUGAAAAUACACUUGGCUCGAUAAGUUUAAUAAUUUUUUUUUAAUGUAUAUAUUAUAUCGAAAUAACUCUUUAAAACUUUAAUGAAAUUAGGUGCAAUCUAAAUUUUCAAUCGCGGAUUAAAAAUUAUAUACAAAAUUGUUUGCAAGAAUAUUAAAAUAUAAAACAUGAGUACAUGUUUUUACAGAACGAAAUGACAUGCGAUGAAUUCGAUUGUACGUCGAGAUAUACCUUUAUUUAAAAAGUAUGUUUUUCAGAGCCGAGAUGAGAGAGAGAGAGAGAGAGAGAGAGAGAGAGAGAGAGAGAGAGAGACAUUUGCGCAAAGUGGUCAUUUUCAUCAGCUAUUUGUUUCAUUGCAUUCUGUCUUCAUCGAUAGAUUUAUGUAAUGGAUUAUUUUGUAUUAUAUUUUAGAUAUAUUUGCUGCAGACUCUUAUUAUCAAAUGAGAAUGUUUAACAAAUCUCUUUAGCCUUUGUUUAGUGGUGAAUAAAUCUACGAAUUCUCUCGAUGUUCUAGCUUUCGAUAACGAUUAGGUUAGCUUAAAAAGUUUGGGUAAAAUCGUUGUUCGAUAGUAAUUCGAGCUUGUUUCUGCAAUUUGUUAGUAGAGUUCCAAAGAUAUUAAUCGACUCCUCUCUUCCACAUCUCGUCCUUUACGCUCCUUUCGUGUUCCUCUCGUUUUCCGCGUAAGCUCGAGAAUUUCGCAAGCCAAUUUUUGUUAAUUAACAAUUAAUCGAACAUGUUUAGAAUGUAACAUUAAUCGUCGAAAUGUAGUUUUUAUUAAAUGUGUUAAUUGUUGCGAUAGAUAAAUACAUGUAUUUCUACAAUUGUACAAAAUGUAUGUAUUAUGCUACACACAUAUACGCGCGCGCACGCGCGCA